AUGACGACUGCGAAUCUGUACUGCUGCAAACUGCAAUCGCAGGAACUGGCACUGACCAACUAUGGCUUCAUCAACUCGAGUUUGUACAGCAGCUUGAAAAGGAAUUCCAAGAGCAGCGAAUUGUACGCAGAAGUAGCGAACACAGUUUUGAUACUAAAGGGGGAUGGGAAUAUCGGGAAGGACGAAAUAGCCAUCGAUGUGGAGCUUACCCUAUUUGUGAAGCCCGAUCGAUUGAUCGAAAUGGAGGACGAUGUUUUGGAAGGAGUUUUUAAAAAGCACUUCAUCAAUCAUGUAUUGACGAAAGGGCAAAUACUAGCCCUAAAAUGUAAUGACAUUUUGAUAAAGUGCGUUAUAAAAGAUUUGAAGGCGGCACAAUUUGACGAAAUGAAGAGACUAAACAAGGGCAACCCGAACAGCCUGGGCACCCCGAGCAGUGCAAAUUCCUUCUUCAAGUUAGGGAAUAGCACCCCGAUGAGUAGUACCAGUAUGUAUAGACAAACAGGGGCACAGGAGAGAGGCAUUCUGUUCGAAAACACCGAAUGUGUAUUCACCAGCAUGAGUGAUGGGAAGUUAUUUAUUGAAUCUAGGAAGGUGUUAAAAAAAAAUAUUAUAAAGAGCAACUUCAAUUUUGAGGAGCUAGGGAUAGGAGCACUUGACGAAGAAUUUAAGACCAUUUUUAGACGAACCUUUGCUAGCAGAAUUUACCCCAACUAUAUAAUUAAGCAGCUGGGGAUCAAACAUGUGAAGGGACUCAUUCUGUAUGGGCCCCCGGGGACUGGAAAAACUUUAAUAGCUAGGCAGAUAGGAAAAACACUAAAUGCAAGAGAACCAAAAAUUAUUAAUGGUCCAGAAAUAUUAAAUAAAUAUGUAGGACAAUCAGAAGAAAAUAUUAGGAACUUAUUUAAAGACGCAGAGUUGGAAUAUAAGCAGAGUGGAGAAAAUUCACAGCUACACAUUAUCAUUUUAGACGAAAUUGAUGCUAUUUGUCGUCAGAGAGGUAGUGCUGCUUCAAGUGGGACUGGUGUAAAUGACAGCAUUGUGAAUCAGCUACUCUCCAAAAUAGACGGUGUUAACAGCUUGAAUAAUAUACUGCUAAUCGGGAUGACCAAUCGAAUUGACUUAAUCGAUGAUGCUCUGUUGAGACCCGGCAGAUUCGAACUCCACAUAGAAAUUUCUCUCCCUAAUAAGGAGGGAAGGAUCCAAAUUUUAAACAUUCACACGAAGAGCAUGAGAAAGAGUAAUAAGCUAAGUGCAGAUGUAAACAUCGUGGAGUUGGCCGAAAAGACCCCAAACUUUUCUGGUGCAGAAAUUGAAGGGCUAGUGAGAAAUACUGUAUCGUAUGCUUUCGAGAGGCAUAUAAAUUUUAAUGACUUAACCAAGCCGAUCAACGCGGAUGACAUAAUGAUAACGAAAAAUGAUUUUUAUAAGGCAUUGAAAGAGACCAAGCCAGCCUUUGGGGCGGAAGAAGACGUCAUUGAGGGGUUGCUGUCCAAUGGGAUUAUCAAUUAUGGGGAGCAGUACGAAAAUAUUGAGAACACAUGCAAGCUGCUAAUUAAACAGAUUGUAGAGAAUUCAAAUACAAAUUUGUUGAGUGUCCUCCUGUAUGGAGAAAACGGGACAGGGAAAACUACCAUUGCAGCGUAUCUUGCUAAGAGCGCUAAUUUUCAUUUCACAAAAUUUAUCACCCCGGAAAACCUAAUUGGGUACUCCGAAAUUAACAGGAUAAAUUACAUAAAUAAGAUUUUCGAAGAUGCGUAUAAAACUCCCCUUUCGUUAGUCAUUUUGGAUAACAUAGAGAGGCUUAUCGAUUACACACGAAUUGGGCCUCGAUUUAGCAACCCCGUCCUCCAAGCAAUCAUGGUUUUAAUAAAAAAGAAACCCAAAAAGGAAAACCAGAAAAUUUUAAUCAUAUGCACCACGUCGGAGUAUCAAUUUAUGAAAGAUGUCGGGUUGAUUAAAAAUUUUUUUGUGAAUAUAGAAGUGCCCUUGUUACAUUGUUCCACCUCAAUUAGGAACGUUUUGCAGAACCGGAAUGAGAGUUGUGGCGAUUUCCCUGAACGAGAGAUAGAGCAAGUGCUCGCGGCAAACGUGAUCAAAAGCAUCGCCAUUAAGAACUUGCUGAUGGUCAUUGACAUGGCGUCCGAGGCGUCCGUCGAUGGGAGCAUCACAAGCGAGGUCUUCCUGAAAACGUUUAACGACUGCGGGAUUGGUUUCGACGAGGAGGCGUACUAUUGA